AGUCCAAGUCGUAGAACGUGGCAACUGUUUGCGAAAUAAUGUGAUUGUUGGAGACUUGCAUUGUAUUCCACCCAACUAGUUACUUGAUUUGCCUUCCCAGGUGUAUCGUGUUCACAUCUUAGUAGGAGUAAGAAGAGGGACAGUCGAGAUGCUUUCGCGGCAGCUGACUGGAUUGGCAGCCAGGUGUUUCAGCACCUCUGCAGCAGCGGCGUCUACCAAUCCAAAUGAACUGAAAUAUUGGCCCAUGCCAUUGCCUCCAUCUGCAGUCUUUAAACAGAAGGCGAGGAGACAAAGGAAAAUUGAGGAACCAGGCAGCAGGUUGUCGACCAAGUCAAGCGCAGUGGAUCAGUUCAGGAGGGCCAGAGCAAACACGGAAUCGGCGGAGGAAGUGGAUGGUAAUGCAUGCAGUGAGUCCUGUAGUAAGGAGGAAAGUGGUCGCGAGAGUAGAGGUGCUUCCAAGAAGAUGAACAUGUUUCAGGCACUGAACAGCGCGCUGGACAUUGCUAUGAAAUCAGACGACAGCGCCGUGGUCAUGGGUGAGGAUGUUGCUUUCGGCGGUGUGUUCCGGUGUACGCUGGACCUUCAAGACAGAUACGGCAAAGAGCGUGUAUUCAACACGCCACUCUGUGAGCAAGGUAUUGUCGGCUUUGGCAUCGGAAUGGCAGCCAUGGGGGCAACGGCCAUUGCAGAAAUCCAGUUUGCUGACUACAUCUUUCCAGCUUUCGACCAGAUCGUGAAUGAAGCAGCCAAGUAUCGCUAUCGGUCCGGCAACGAGUUCAACUGCGGUUCGCUGACGAUCCGUGCGCCUUGCGGUGCUGUUGGCCAUGGUGCGCUGUACCACUCCCAAAGCCCAGAGGCUUUCUUCUCGCAUUGCCCUGGUAUAAAGGUUGUUGUUCCCAGUGGUCCAGUUCAAGCCAAAGGCCUCCUACUGUCCUGUAUUCGAGAUCGCAACCCUUGCAUUUUCCUGGAGCCCAAGAUUCUCUAUCGGCAAGCUAAGGAAGAAGUGCCGGAAGAGGAUUUCAUGCUGCCACUUGGAAAGGCCAGGAUUGCUCGUGAAGGAACUGAUAUCACGCUCAUCGGCUAUGGUACACAGGUACAUGUGCUGCGGACGGUUGCAGAGCUAGCCCAGGAACAGCUCGGCGUAUCAUGUGAAGUUAUCGACAUGCAGACUAUCCUGCCCUUUGAUGAGGACACCGUCGUAGAGUCCGUGAAGAAAACUGGCGCCGCCAUCGUAUCACACGAAGCACCGGUGACAUCCGGAUUUGGUGCCGAGCUGUCAGCAACGAUCCAGGAACGGUGUUUUCUUCAUCUUGAAGCGCCCGUGGAGAGAGUCUGCGGCUUUGACACGCCGUUCCCGCAUGUAUUUGAACCGUUCUACCUGCCCAACAAGCACCGGUGCUUGGAAGCGGUGAAAAAGAUCAUGGACUUCCGCAAAUGAGCCCGCCAGUCUGCUAUUUCACUGCAAGCUGUCAAAGAAACCACCGCACCACUGCUGGCUAGUUGAUCGGGACUUUGGUGCUGCGUUUUUACUAACCUCUUUUUUUCAACCACAGUGGCCGUCUUCUCCACAUCCUCAUAAUGCCGUUUUAGAUAAUUGCAACUUUGUUGAUGCGAUGUCUGCUGGUCUCGCCAUAAUAGCACCCUGGUUACAUCCACAAUAUAGUUAACAUAUUUUCAGCUUACAUGCUGUUCCAUUUUUUCAUAAUAUUUCGUACAGAAUUCAUGAGCACAUAAAUAAGGGUAUCGAAGUAUAGAGGAUAAAACUGUUGAAUCGA